AUGUUUCCAAAGAGCCCGGUCACCGAGCAUCGACCUUUGCCCGAGAUCGGACCGCCCCGGACACCUUUCCCGGUUGCACCAACCGCUCAACAACGACGGCAGUGCACCCACCAAAUACGACCCCCGAGUAGCGUUCAACCAUCUGUAGCAAAGCUUAUUUUAGUUAACUUUCAUUGGAAAACCUCUGAUAUUUCAGAAAGGCACAAAUCUAAUCCAACUCAGCUUCUGGUGGAGGCCAGAGUUCAGCCGAAAACAGCAAAAAAUACGUUCAUCCAUUCUUCUCAUCAUUGUGGUGUAUGCCUGCAGUCAGUUCGAAAGGAGAAUUUAUUGUCCUUGCCCUGCCACCAUCCGUUCUGCCGCAGUUGUUGGGAGCAGCAUAGCACUGUACUGGUAAAAGAUGGCAUUGGAGUGGGUAUAUCCUGUAUGGCGCAAGAUUGCCUGCUCCGAACGCCCGAGGACUUUGCUUUUCCUUUGAUUUCUAAUGAAGAACUUCGAGAAAAAUACAGGCGCUACCUCUUCAGAGAUUAUGUAGAGAGGCAGAUUGAGGCAAUGGGAAAGCAAAGUCUUAAAGUUUCAACAGGAGAAUGA